AUGGAUCGAGAAACAGACCGAUUGGACGCAGCUGACUUCGACCUGGAGGAUGCCAUCAACGAGCUAUGUCCACAUGAAUCCUCAGCCGCAAGCCUUCCCCUCCUCCAAAUCUUGCUCCGCCAACGCCUGCUCGAAUCCACCCACCAGACCGCGAUCCUGAGGGCCGAGCUCCAGGCGGCUUGCGACUCGGGAGAAUGCAUAGAAAGCAUCCAGGAAGGCAUCGGGGCACUAUUGACCACACUGUCGACCAUCAAGUCUUCCUCCACCGAAGCCCAAUCGGUCGUCGAGUCGAUCACCAAGGAAAUCAGGACACUCGACCUUGCAAAAUCGAACAUCGAGAGCGCAGUCGCCGGCCUCAAAAGACUAGGAAUGCUAGUUAAUGCCUUCGACCAAUUGACGCGGCUCACCAAGGCGCGCAAGUACCGCGAGACUGCUGCGGCUCUGCAGGCCGUCCAAAGCCUCUCUGGCCAUCUCCAGCAGCUCGCCAGCUCGGUGCCCCGCGUCGCAAGCCUCUUCAAAUCUCUCCAAGAAACUCAGGGCUUGCUACGAAGGACCAUCAUGGAAGAGUUUUCAACAGCAUUUGAAGAAAAAAGCGUCGCCAUCAACAAAGGACAACUGGCCGACUCAUGCCUCGUAAUCGAUGCGCUGGGGGCAGAUGCACGUGGCUCGUUGAUCGACUGGUACACGACCUUCCAACUACGCGAAUACCGCCGCAUCUUCUCUGGCCCGUCCUCAGAAGCCGGCCAACUCGACAACAUCUCCCGGAGAUACGCCUGGUUCCGACGCACGCUGAAGAGCCACGAAGAAGACCCGAACGGCGGCGCCCGGAUCUUCCCCGAGUCUUGGAUGGUCCAUGUCAGUCUCUGUGGUCAGUUUGGUGAAGCCACUAGGGAAGACCUGAAAGACGUCCUCGCACGUUGCCGCUCGACACUCAAGGUAGACAUCUUACUUCAAGCACUACAAAUCACUACCACCUUUGAGAGGGAAAUGUCCCAGAAGUUUGGAAUGCCGUACGAAGACAUUGCCGCCAGAUCCAAAUCUGCUCAUGUGGGCAACGCCACUCCCAUCCGGACUGCCUUUGAAGCUUACCUGGGCAUCUUUGUUGAUGCCCAGGAUAGCACAUUAUCUGACAUGUUUAACCAGUUCCGGUCUUCAAUCCCCAAGCUUUCUGACUUCGUUGAUGUCCGGCUCGAUGAUCGACCAUCAGCUAUCCUCCCUUCGUCGAUGGAGCUAUUCCACUUCUACCGCUCGACCCUCGACCGAUGUGCAGCUCUGACGACCCGGAAACCGUUCCUGGAGCUAUGCAAGAUCUACAAAAAGUGGCUGAAAGUUUACAGUGAAGAGAUCCUUUCAGCGGGUCUCUCGGGGGCGAUCGUCGCCCAUGCUAGUCGUCUCUCUGGGCUCGCUGCUCCCCACGAAUCUUCUAAUCUCGAUUCUGGCCUCCGAUCCGCAACGACCGCGUUCUUGCUUUGCAUCUGUGCCAUCCUGAACACGGCGGACUAUUGUGCUGAGACGGCUGACCAGUUACAGACUAAGCUCCAAGAAACGAUCAGCCAAGACUUCAAGUCUCAAGUGACCCUUGACAGUGAGCAGGAUCUGUUCCGAGGAAACGUCUCGUCGGCCAUCUCGAGUUUGUUGAAAGAGUUCGAGGACGUCUCCGAGCCGGCAUUCACAGCGAUGGUCAAACUGCAGUGGAAGGAUAUCGAGUUCGUGUCCGCCGAAAGUGCUUACGUCCACGACCUUAUCAAAAUCACUUCCCUCGUUACCGAUCUGGUCAAAGUGCAUGUCGAGCAAAAGAAAUACGUCCGCAGUUUCUGUGAUAAAGUCGUAGGGACAUUGGUCAGUCGAUUCACCCGCUCGAUCGUCCGAUGUCGCCCGAUCACGCCGAUUGGUGCCGAACAGAUGAUCCUCGAUCUGCAGGUGUUGAAGAACCAUCUGCUGCUGCUGCCCCGCCUAGAGCCGGACACCCCGGUGGCCUCGUCAUACACCCGUUACCUGACCAAGAGCAUUGGUAAACUGGACACGCUGCUCAAGGUGAUCAUGUCCCCCGUCGAGCCCCCGGACGAGUUCGUCAAGCACUACCUGCUCCUCGUGCCUUGCCAAUCCUUCUCGGACUUCCAAAAAGUCCUCGACUUCAAGGGGGGUAAGCCGCAAGACCAGAACCGAUUACUGGACGUUUUCCUCGCGUUGACAUCGGUGCAACCCGACCUGGCGGACAGCUCGUUCCUCUCGAGCAUUGACAUGAACCCGGAGGGGAGCUCUGGGCCUGGAGGAGGCGGGGGAGGGGGAGGGGGAGGAGGGGUGUCGCUGCUCCAGUUCUCCCGGUCCGCCGAUGCCGCCCGCAAGUCCGCCCACAACGCCGCCCUCGCACCCUCCUCCUCCGACACCGGCCUCUCCGACCACGCCCCCUCUGCCACGUCCGUCGCGCCCUCCGGCGCAUUCACUGACUUUCGGAGGUUCGGCCAGAAACUCGGGAUGGGGCUGCGGUUCUCUCGCGAGACCAAGCCCGAAUAG